UUUUUGUUUUAGGCAACAAAAAUAUAUCAAUAUGGAAAUGGCUGAUCAUCGGCAUUUAAUAUUAAUAUUUAUUUAUGCGAACCUUAACUUCUCAAGAAUAUUUUGAGUUUGAAGUGCGUUAAUAAUUGGCUAUUACAAUUCUAGCUGCUCUAACCAAGAUUCAAUUAAACAUAUUAAAACUGCGUUUUGAGUCUGUGUGACAUUACUUCAAUAUGGAGAAUCAGCUGAGCGAUUGUUGUAUGUUGGAAUACUGAAAACAGAAAAAUAGCCAUGCCUUUGAGAGAAUGGGCUCGAUUGCCUCUGUCCUGCAGUGGCAUUGUCAAAAGUGCGCUCUGAUCAAUCCUACUGAGCGUGCUAAAUGUAUAAGGUGUGGAACCCGACGUCAGAAAAAGUUGAAUGGGUACUCUGCUGUGCAAAGUGGCAAGCAACAAUUGAAAAGUGUUUCCACAACACAAGUUGAAACCUUUGAAAAGGUUUUCACGAGCGAUUCUUUUGCAACUCCAAAAAGUUCUUUGAAAGUGUCAUCUUUGUGUGACGGGGCGGACUGGAGCGAGGAUGGCGCCAGCUGGGACGACCGGCGCCACUCGACGUGGCGCCACCGGUCGCGGCGCCCGGCGACCGUGCCACGCUCGUGCAGCGCGCCCAGCCUGGCGCACCAGUGGCAGUGCGCGCGCUGCCGCCUGGUCAACGUGAGCGUCACCGCCGCGUGCGCAUCGUGCGGCCGCGUGGAUGAAGACGUGGCGCGGCAGCUGGGGCCCGACUCUGCGUCGGCCAUGGAGGACGACGUGCUUCGGAACCGAUCGCCCAAGCGCCAGAACUCUUCCGUGCACGACAGGGUCAAAUCCAAAGUUAGUAGGUCUCAUUCGAAUGGCUCUAUCGUGCGGAAACUUUGGCUCGAAUCAAGUCGGAACGCCAACGUUUGCAAACCGCUAAGUGCCGAGUGUGUGCUGAAAAGCCCGACAAGUUUGGUCACGGACGACGUCGGGGAAAGUUGGGUACCUGUGCCGGAGGAGAUGAAGAACUUCGAAAAAAAUAAACGCUUGGAAAAAUUGUAUGCGACUCGUGAGCGUGGAGUUGAGGAAGGUUUGUGGACUUGCCAGAGGUGCACUCUGGAAAACAGCGACUUGAGCAAUCAUUGUGAAGUUUGUGAAACGCCGCGGAAAAUGUUCUUGCUAGGGUCUGUUGUGAGUACGGGUGCGGUCCCCAGUUCGUUGCCACGCAAUGGUAUAGUGAUAAAAAUUCCAGAUUGGGAAGAUGAAACGCUGGAGUCCCAUCAUCCCCACUCCACCAUUCCAUCUGUCAAUAACAAUGACAGCGUUGUUGGGUCACGACCAACGUACAGACGCUCUUUUUCCGAAGUCCAUUCCUUGAGAGAAUGCAGCAAGCCACUGGUGAACCGCCACAGCAUGGUGGAGGCAGACACGCUGGGUAAUAUGCCGAUUCGCUUCCCCGUCAACCUCAACUUGCAAAUACCGCACUCUCUCAACACCCCUAGUACAAAAUACUCGUACAUAGGAAUAUCCGAACCUCCCGUGCUGUCCAAUCAGAAUCAGUCUCCUGUUGCUUUGCAAUGUAAGUCCAUCGUCAAGAAGCCGAUCGUUCCUUCUGUAGAGAUAAUAGAUGUAGAUGUUUCAAAAUCAAAUGGAAACGUUUGCCAGUUUUCCUCUUCGUCUGUGACCGACCAUAAUCUCGCGCGCUUGAUGCCGGUCUCGUCAGCCAACGGUUCCACGAGUUCGGCUCUGGAUCGCAUGUGGACUUGCACGAAGUGCUCGUACGCCUACAACCCGCUGUGGUCGGACGCGUGCGACAUCUGCUCUUCGACACGCUCCCCGCCGUCGCUGACGGAGCCCAGCCUCAUCACGGUGACCAAGGACGGUGUCCGGUACACGCCGCCCAGGAGGGAGGACCGGGAGGUGACGCUCGCGACGGAGGAUCCGGACUCGGAGGACGACCUCCAGUUCCUGGCCGGGGACGGAGCGGGCCUGCCCGAGCUGGACUGGACCUGCAAGAAGUGCACGCUGGUGAACGCGGGCGGCUGCAUGGCGUGCGUGGUGUGCGGGGGGUCCAAGCUGCGCAGCAUCACGCUCGUGCAGGACUCCACGCUGCGCAAGGGCGAGUUCUGGAGCUGCAGCUCCUGCACGCUGAGGAACCCUCUGCGGGCAGCGGCGUGCCUGGCGUGCAAGACGCCCCGCACGUCGCUGGAGGUCCCGCGCGGCUCGGGGAGCGGGGGGUCGCGCAGUCCCUCCCCGCGCCCGGGGCUGGGGGCCGUUCCCAAGCAGCGACACAGGAGGUCGACGUCGCGCACUCCCGUGGCCCCGGAACUCCCGGCCCCCACGGUGCCGUGGCGCUGCAAGCUGUGCACGUACGAGAACCGCACCUCGAGCGCGGCGUGCGAGAUGUGCCACAGCUCGCGCUGCCUGUCGUCGUCCGCCGUGCUGACCAACGGCACGCCGGUGCCCGGCGCCGGCACGGCAGGCGUGGCGAGACAGGAGAGCGAACUGAUGGAGCACUUGCGGCAUGCGGAGGAGCGAGAGGCGCUUGACAAGUGGGAGCGCAUCGUCAAGUUCUGCAGAGAGAAUAAAGAGCCCUUCGUGGACGACUCGUUCCCGCCGGCACCCAAGUCCCUGUACUACAACACGGCGGAGACCAAGGACAACCACGUGGUCAAGUGGCUGCGGCCACAUCAGAUCGUGACGGAAGGAGACAUCAAGUUGGAGUGGGCAGUCUUCCGACGGCCGCUACCCUCGGAUAUAUCACAAGGCGUGCUGGGCAACUGCUGGCUGCUGAGCGCGCUGGCCGUGCUCGCCGAGCGGGAGGACCUGGUGAAGAAGGUGAUGGUGAUGCGGGAGUUCUGCCCCCAGGGGGCCUACCAGGUGCGCCUGUGCAAGGACGGCAAGUGGACGACGGUGCUGGUGGACGACCUACUGCCGUGCGACAAGCGCGGCCACCUCGUCUACUCCCAGGCGAAGAAGAAGCAGCUCUGGGUUCCCCUGAUAGAGAAGGCAGUGGCCAAGAUCCACGGCUGCUACGAAGCUCUGGUGUCUGGGAGGGCCAUCGAGGGCCUGGCUACACUCACAGGGGCGCCGUGCGAGAGCGUGCCGCUGCAGCCGUCCUCGCUGCCCUCGGAGGACGAGCUGGACCGAGACCUGAUCUGGGCGCAGCUGCUGAGCUCUCGGCAGGCCCGCUUCCUGAUGGGGGCGUCUUGCGGGGGCGGCAACAUGAAGGUGGACGAGGCCGAGUACCAGCGCCGGGGCCUGCGUCCCAGGCACGCCUACUCCGUGCUGGACGUGAGGGACGUGCAGGGCAACAGGCUGCUGCGCUUCAGGAACCCCUGGGGCCACUACUCGUGGAAGGGCGACUGGUCCGACGGCUCCCCCAUAUGGACCCCACAGCUGCGCGAGACCCUCAUGCCCAAGGGAGCCUCCGACGGAGUCUUCUGGAUCUCCUUCGAGGACGUCCUCAAGUACUUUGACUGCAUCGACAUCUGCAAGGUGAGGGCGGGCUGGAGCGAGGUGAGGCUGCGGGGAACGCUGCCCCCCCUCUCCUCCGUGGAGCACCUGUCGUGCGUGCUGCUGACCGUGCUCGAGCCCACGGAAGCAGAGUUCACGCUCUUCCAGGAGGGCCAGCGGAACUCGGAGAAGUCCCAGCGCUCGCAGCUGGACCUGUGCGUGGUGGUGUUCCGCACUCGCUCCCCCGCCCGGCCCGAGGUGGGGCGGCUGGUGGAGCACAGCAAGCGCCAGGUGCGCGGCUUCGUGGGCUGCCACAAGAUGCUGGAGCGCGACCUGCACAUGCUCGUGUGCCUCGCCUUCAACCACUGGCACACCGGCAUGGAGGACCCGGCCAGCUACCCGGAGUACGUGCUGGCGAUCCACAGCUCCAAGCGCCUGCUGGUGGAGCAGGUGUCGCCGCCCCCCUACGUGCUGGCCGACGCCAUCAUCAGCCUCACCCUGGCCAAGGGCCAGCGCCACGAGGGGCGGGAGGGCAUGACGGCCUACUACCUCACCAAGGGGUGGGCCGGCCUGGUGGUCAUGGUGGAGAACCGGCACGAGAACAAGUGGAUCCACGUGAAGUGCGACUGCCAGGAGAGCUACAACGUGGUGUCCACGCGGGGCGAGCUGCGUGCCGUCGACUCUGUUCCGCCCCUCCACAGGCAGGUGAUCAUCGUGCUGACACAGCUGGAGGGCAGCGGGGGCUUCUCCAUCGCUCACCGCCUCACGCACAGGCUCGCCAACUCGUCAGGCCUGCACGACUGGGGCCCCUCGGGGCUGAGCCACCACCCUCACAUCGACAGGCAGGUGGAGGGGCUGCACUCGCCGCGACUCAUCACGUAGCGCUCCCUCCCAGGCCGCCGCCCGCACACGUGCACCCACGCCACACGAGGCGUCUCCUCGUGAACCACCGCACGCCCACGCCACACGAGGCGUCUCCUCGUCAGCCACCGCACGCCCGCGUCGUGGGACGGGUAGUCCCGUGAUCUUCUCGUCGGAUCUCUCCUCACUCGCGAGAUUGUGCAAACUAGAUCUGUCCGGACUGCCCCGAGUGAGCGUUCCUCGCCGCAGGCUCACCGCAGGAACACGGCAGCGCGGCGCGCCCUCGUGGUCGUGUGAACACUGCGAUACUUCUGUGUUUAGAGUAGUGUCGGAUGCAUGGAUGUGCUGGAAGCGUAAUUUAACUUGUGAUAUUUUUAAAUAUUCUAGUCUCGCAGUUCAACUGCUGUUCUCUUGUACAGACGUUGUGCUGUUUAAUAAUGUUAGCAUUUAAACGCAGUCUAGUUUAAUAUUAUGUUAGCUUUGUGUGGUGUUAUUGUGGAGUGCGACCGUUAUCUUGCCAUGCCCGUCGUUGAUUCGAGUGUUCUCUGUUUACGUUUCGAUAUCGUACCGGCUCGUGGCUCUGGAGUUGAAUUGUUCCCACCGUCUGUGUUAUUUGUUGACGACCUUGUUUUCGUUACUGCGUGCACAGCAGCAACUGUUCGUGGCAAUGCUGUUGCAUUGGGAAGGGCUUGCCGGUAGAAAUGGAGCCAACUCGGAGGAGCUGAACUAUUAUCUGAUAAAUGAAAAUGACUUGCUCUUGCAUUUGCAUAUCCCUGAAGCUUCCUAAACGUAAGGCAGUGGUUUGUUGUUGCGCGACUGCGGUCCACAUCGUGCUGUGUUGCGAGGGUGACCCCUGGGGAAUCUCGGUGGAGAGUGUUUACAGUUCCGGCUGCAGCUUUCUGUUUCAGCGCUGUCCUUCCCGUUGUCGCGGUUCAAGUAGUGUUGGCUUGACUCCGGUGCAUAUUGCUGGAUGUUAUGAUGUUGGGAGGUAAAGGUACUGCAAACAACUUGCAUGGUUUAGCGUGUUUAGGCCCCUAAUUGUUCGCUAUGUGCGGUGCUCUUGGAUGUUGAUAAAUAUCAGGUGGGAUAAUGUAUUUCCCUAUAAAUAUUAUUUAAAUUAUUUUUUUUUUAAAAUUUAAUAGUUAUUAUAAAGUGAAUUUUUCCUUUGUAAUUGCUUACAUAAAUACAAUUUUAUAGCCAGCAGGUUAAAACUCUGAUACAUUUGUGUAAUGCUUUUAAAAUGUGUUAAAAAUAGCACAGAUUUUUUUGAGGCACAUCAGUCAUCGUACCAUAGGCAGCUAGUUAUGCCUUUUCUUUACAAUUCCAGACACAUUAGAACAGUAGUAAGAGGGGAAAUUGGAGUGGAAAUUGUAUUUUUCUGCCAGGUCUUUUCUGCUUUAUCCCAGUCCUGUAGCUAUAAGGCUGUCUUACAUUGCUGGUUACUAAAGCUACCUGAUCUGGGAGAUAACUGAAAGUGUGUUAGGAAAAUUGUUUCUUGAAAAUAGUUUACGCAUGAAUUGCUAUACUUCUGGCUGAAACUAAGUCUUUUUCCUCCUGCCCGUCACUGACGUUCAGAAAAUUUGUGUCUACAGUAGAGCUGAUUGGCCAGUGAAAGUUUCUGUAGUAAGGCUUUAUCGUCAACAUAGCUCUAGCUGUGUUUCAACUUGUUCAGGCAUUGAACAGCACAUGGGUUUAAACUCAUUGUACUGAUAAGUUGAAAACUAGUUUUGGAUAUAAUUGACUAAAUAAGGUACUCAGUAUUGCUUGAGGUGUAUGCAGAGUGAAGAGGCUUUACUUAGGAGGUGUAGUUUUUUUAAUCAAAUACAGACAGUAAUUUUCCUCAUAUUUCGAACAUAAUGUGUACAGAAUUUCAUCUAGUAGUUCCAAAUUUUAUCCAGUACGAAAAACAAACAAAUCUAUAGACACUCUCCUUUUUACAUAUAGUAGAUAUUCAAACCAAGAACAAUAUAAGUUCCAAAUAUUUGAAAACAGUUGUUCAUAACUCUAAUCACUGUAAUAUUAUUUGCUAAAAAAAAAAAAAAAACUGAAGUUAUAGUCUAUGAUAAAAAUCUUACUUAAUUAUGAUUUAAGUUGGGUUGAUAUCAGGAUUUCAGAACCUACUCAAGAUAAGGUACAUUUUUCAGGUAUGUACCUACUUUCAAUACUUUCAACACUCAGUAUUUUAGUAAAACAUACAUUAUGCAUUCCAAAAUCAAUAAACUAUUUUUUAUAUAAUUUAAAUAUAGAAUAAGGUGCAGAAUGUUUAUAAAAAUAUAAUAUUUACAUUACAAUUAGAUAGCCAAAAAAAUUGUUAUGUUACAAGUUUUUUGAGAGAGAAAAAAAUGCUUCUAAAAAUUUUUGGGAGCAAGUCUAUUUGGUUUUUUGACUUGGGGACUUCCUUGUCGCUGGCAUAGGCAAGUAAACACAUUGACUCUUCAAGUACAACCUAAUGAUUGGUGGUUUAGAUACCUGAUAGUAUUAAUUUAAUGCACAACAGGUAUUGAGGUAUAAAAGUUUCGAAAGUCUCAUCUUUAAUUAUAAAAUUAUAAUGGUUUUCAAUAAAUGAAAAAUAACUGUAAAAUGCUGAUUUUUAUAUACUGGCCAUGAAAAUGUGAUAUCAUCACCAAAUACAACUCUGUGGCACUUAGUUGGUGAGUAGUUCUAGUGUGUGUGAGGUAGUCUGAUGAGGAGGAGCGAAUUACGACGCAAGAUUUUAGGGCUUUGCUGUGCUGUGACGCUAUGAAGCUGGAAUACAAAAGUUAUCAGUAAUAAUAAAGUAGUAUGGAUCAUCUGUGUUUGGCUGAAGCGAUCAUCUCGAUAACACUGGCACACACACACGGUACACGCACAGGCAACACGACUGUAGCAGGCCUCUUCACCACGGAGACGCGCAGCAAACCAACCAGCGUUGUGUAAUGUAGCCGGCGCACCACAAGUUAGUGUUUUGUGCUCCAACACCAAGCAUUGCACCAACCGCAUGCUUGUUCCGUAGAGCUGCUGUUUUACACAUGCUAGUAUAGUACGCAGCGGGAUUAUGUUCUAGUACAUAUUUAUAUUGUGAAAAUCAGGAAAAGUCCUAAGUACAAAUUAAAUUUCAGCAGCAACUGGGAGCCCAGUGUGCUAUGGCUUAUUCGAUUGGCUUUUGUACUAGUAAUGUUAGGCACAGUGUGAAGUGCUGCCAACAGUGUAAAUGGAAGUUUUAAAGGGAUGUUGAUGGUAGUGAAUCUGUGUGAAUCUGUUAGUUCUUCAUCUUCUAAAACAGUUGGGAAACCAAGAUUGUCGAAUAGUUUUAUCCAGUUAAAAUGGAAUACGGUCUUCUUGGGGGGUUUUCUGACUCUAGUCUUGUCAUUUCUAAUGUUAUGUUGUUUUUUAAUUGUUAUACUGCGUUCGUUAACUUGGUUGAUGUUUAAGGUAGGGUUUUUCAUUCACUCCUUCAUGCACAGAGGCUUGAAGAAUUACAGAAUUAUCGUGGGCUGUAAACCAUUGCGAUAACAACUUGUGACUGAGCAGUCCUGGCUGACCCUGGCUUCUGUGGUGUCUGUCGGUGCGGCGUCGUCACCUCUUCCCGUCAGGCUGUCGGCUCUGUGGCUCGCCAGCGGAGUGAGCUCGGAGGGCCCGGACACAUGCAUGCCUGCAGGCUCCCUCCAGCCACCGACAGUGUUCGUGCCAGUUACUGCCCAACUGCAUUCAUUGCCUCAGUUGUAACCUCAAAUUACACGUUCAAGCAUACGUUUCAUCAUGUUUAUAGCAUUUCUGCAUACAAUUCAAAAAUAGCAUGUUUAUAAAUUUCACACUUCCGUUCUCUGUACGUCUAAGCUUUUCUCCGUCAAUUCAGAUGGCACAAUUUUUUUUUUCUUGUAUCAGUAUUUACGCCUUUGUUUUUCCUUCUUUAAGAUCAGUUGUUUGGUAAGUGAUGGCAGAAAAUGAGAAACGUGUUGACCCUCCCUUCAAAAAGGACAACCGGUGGAUUGUAUUGUUACUGUGGUAAUUUGAACUGUAUCUGCUGAGUAUAGUUUUCGUGAUUGGGAAGUGUUAAGUUAUGCUUGUGUGCCACUUACACUUACCUGUUUGAUGGGGCCAAUGAGAUUACAGUUAGCUGUGACAGCAGCUGACCAGUUUUGGAACUAUGCCAUCUUGUCAUGACGGUGAGAAUGGCACAGCGUGCUAUGAAAUAUGUGUUGGCUCAAAGAGAAAUGUCUUGGGAGGCAUCACUGCUUGUAACAGCACCGCGACAGUGAUCCGUACAGUCUUCGUUUAUGCUCGGGUUCCACUGCUGCCGUUCUCGUGUCAGUGUUCUUUAUUUGUUUAUUUUAUUUUUAUUCACUGCCUAAUUUACUGUCUUUAUUUUAAAGACAAAUUUUUUGCUCAAACCAUUUAAGACCAGUCAUGUUGCUGGUUCAUUUUUGUGCUGUAACAUGAUAGUUUUACGCACCUUUGUUUAUUGUGCGUUGUAUUUGUGCAUUGUGUACAUGCAUGUGUCAUGAAAGUAGAUUUAAAUUUAAAGUCUGAAUUUGUGUAUAGAAUCUUGGAAGCCUUUGUUGCAGUUAUAUGAUCAUAUUAACUGUAUUCAGUUUUAUAUUUCAACUCAAAAAGUGCUCAUUGGUUUCCACUUUUCAAUAAUUGAACUGACUUUCUUAGGUGCGGUUUUUUGUUCAGGAGUUUAAAUCAAAGUACUGAGUAGGUUUUAAGGUUAAUGAGUUUACAGUAUUUUUAUUUAUAUGUAUGCAUGAUAAUAUACUUUAGUAGCAAGGUUGUACAUUUAUGGUGUUAAGUAAGGCUUUUGACUGAAUCAGAGAACAGCUAAAACUUGUGAAAGUGUAUAGUUACCACUAAAUCAAUUGCAAAACAGUGAAAUUUCACCUUCAUUUUUACAACAAAAAUUUUUGUUUACUAUCUAGUUAUUUUCUAUUUCUUUCAUACUCCAAUUUUUUUUGUCAGUUUUCACAACUUAUGAGCUCAUAUUUAAUUACGUAAAGCAUCUGGCCACAAAUAUGAUUUAUAAUCAUUUGUGUUUAAUAUAUGUAUUAGAUUACUUGGAGAUGUAAUUUACAUAAUUGCUGUGAGUGAGUUAUGUUUGUUGUUACUUUGCAAACUGCAAAAUUUUGUCCUGUUGUCAAAAUGCAAUGCUUGCCUAACGCACGCUUCUAGCAUAGCAAGUGAGCUGGUUGGUGGAUCACAACCCGUAUUGACAGAAGAUUCACGUGCUGACAACCUUCAAGCCAUUCGACUUGCCUCUCUCAUAAAUAUUGAUUACGUAAAAAUGAUAUCUCAACGCAAACUUGAAAGGACCAUAAUUUUGGCAAUUGUAUUUACAAGCUUUGAAUUAGCCAAGCUAUUGGUAGCCACAUUAUAUUUACUCUUUGGAAAUUGUAUUUCCCCACCCAAAGCAAACAAGCAGAUAGGAACUCAAACUGCAUAGUGAUUUAUAUGUUAGAGAGAGGUUUUUGCUUUAAUGCAUGUCAGCCGUGAGUGCGGACUUCCAUAGGUUCCUAACACGCGUCAGUACAACUUGCCAUUUGAAGUUAUUUUACGUGUGUUUGAUGGUUUUCUAUUGUUCUGUUUGUUCCUGUGUCAUUAGUGGCAAUAUUGUCUGGAGAAAUCACAUAUGUCGUAGAGCAUAGACCCAGCAUUGUGACACUUGAGGCAAACAUGUCCUCACUCAUUGUAAACAACUUCAACUUUGACCCAUUAACUUGCAUAAAUACACACGUGGUAACUGUUGGAUAAUCUUUCU